AGGGAAAGAAAAUGGAAGACAGUCUGGCUUACGACAAUGAUCUAAAUCUCAAAGCAACUGAGCUAAGAUUAGGUUUGCCAGGAACACAUGAAGAACAACAAGCAGUUUCCAAUGUCAGAAACAACAAACGACAGAACAUCGAAUCCGAUUGUCGAAACGAAACUGCCCCUCCUCCCAAAGCACAGGUCGUGGGGUGGCCGCCGAUCCGGCCGUACAGAAAGAACAUCUCUCUGGCGAAGAAAACCGAGUCCGACGGCGGCGGGUUUUAUAUAAAAAUAAGCAUGGAUGGAGUGCCGUAUCUGAGAAAGAUUGACCUUAAAGUUUACUCCGGUUACCCGGAGUUGUUGAAAGCUAUUGAGAAAAUGUUCAAGUUCACCAUAGGCGAAUACUCUGAAAGAGAAGGCUACAAGGGGUCGGAUUAUGAGCCUACUUAUGAAGACAAAGAUGGUGACUGGAUGCUUGUCGGAGAUGUUCCAUGGGAAAUGUUCAUUACAUCGUGCAAGAGAUUAAGAAUCAUGAAAGGAUCAGAAGCUAGAUGGUUAGGUUGUGGUGUAUGAACAUCACAGAAGAUUCAUUUGCUCUAAUGAAGAGGAGAAUCUUCGACCAGCUUGGGUUGUCGGAAGUGGAAUCGAUUCUCAGUUUCGUUUCAGUAGAUAAUUCAUCUUUCAGGGAUUCAAAGGACUGAGAAAGUUUUUUGAAGGGAUUAAGGAAACUAAUCAAGUGUAAGAAGAAGAACAAACGGAUUUGAUGUCCCCAAGUUUUGGUUAUGUAAUAUAAUACACAAAAAACCAAAGUUGUAUUCUGUAUAUCAGCUGUAUUAUCUCUGUAUGAUUAAAGCUUGUAUGGGUUAUAAUUGUUGAAUCUGCAAAAAUAAAAUGAGGGUGCUUUCCAUUUUCAUCA